UUUCAUUAUGCAAACAUCUCACAAACGACGUAUAAUUAGCGAAAGAAUGUUGUAUUCUCGUGCAUUGAAAGAGGCGGAGCCAUGAGAUUAAGCGCUGAGAUAAGAGGCUACGGCGACUACACAGUUACAGAGUUACAGACUCGUUCCCGACCUUGGAGGUUGAACGGGUUUCUGUUGAAUUUUGUCAAGAUUCACGUGAACGGAGUGUGACCCGAACACUUUGCAACUAGAGGACCCCUGUUCUAGUCGUCCGUAGGGUAGUACGCAAGUCCAUUAUUCGCUGCUGUAACCUGCAACAGUAUACCGGCACUAAAGAGGCUGAGUGACCUAGUUCUGUUGCUAAGUGACUUCUGUACAUUGUACAUUAGAGACAGACACCACCCCGUAGUCUGGACGAGAAAUCGAGAAUCAUGGUCCCCUACAUUGAGAUAUCUGAUAAUUACAUUGGAUAUGCCCUAUCCAAUUUUUGUGUCCCAAAACAUUAUGAAGAGGACCUUGAAAACAUACUCAUACCCUCUGGUAUUAUUCAAGACAGAAUUGAAAGACUAGCUCGUGAUAUUUUCCAAGAUGUUAAAGAUGAGCCUUUGACAACUGUUUGUGUUCUGAAGGGUGGCUAUCGUUUCUGUACCGACCUUUUGGAUAAAAUCACAACCCUAAAUCGUUAUCAUGGAUCUGUUUCUGUGCCAGUAAAUGUGGAUUUCAUCAGGCUGAAAAGCUAUGAGAAUGAAUCAUCUACUGGUGAUAUCCAAGUCAUAGGUGGGGAUAACUUGAAAGGACUCAAAGGUCAAAAUGUUUUGGUAGUUGAAGACAUUAUAGAUACUGGCCGAACGAUGGAAAAGUUGUUAUCCAUACUAAAAGAAAAUGAACCAAAAACUAUCAGAGUUGCUUCCUUACUUGUCAAAAGGCGUCCAGGUUCAACAGGAUACAGGCCUGAUUAUUGUGGGUUUGAAAUUCCUAAUAAGUUUGUUGUUGGAUAUGCUCUGGACUACAAUGAAUACUUUAGGGACCUAAAUGUAAGUAAUUUUUUGCAAUUGAGUUUUUUUGCAGAUAGUAAUUAGUAUAAUUACUUUCAUAAUCUA